CCCAGUCAGUCAGUGCUCAGUCAAAUUCCUGUACUCACACCGGUUGACUUGUAAACAGUGAGGUUAACUACAAGCGGAUAAGGCUGAUACAGAGUACCAACGGAGACAAUGAAUUCCUCUAACCUGUCUCACUUUUCAUUCACCGGUACGGCAAAUUGCAGUUCCUCAAAGACAACGUAGCUGCAGAUGAUUGUUAGUAUAUGUGGGAAAUGGUCGUGACCUCACUCCAGGAAGAUAAGUUUCCUCGACUAAUUAAAGAGGCGGUUGCUAAGAGAUGACAGUCUGUGACAUUGGCGAGAGCCUCUGAUGCUCGAGCAGCCUGAAGCUCGACUUCUCCGGGAUCUCUUGCCUCCGCACCUCGGUCCGUACUGUACUUUGCUCAUGUGAAGGGCGCGGGGGAAACUCUCAAAUCAACAGACAUCACAAGUACCAUGGCAGCUUUUCCUGCUCCCUGUGCCGCCACCAUCACCACGGCCACCGGCGUGGCCCGAACUGCGCGGCAAAGGCAAGGAAGCAGCGGCGAGGCGGGCAAGCGCGAGGACUUGGACAUGGGACGAAACGCUAUCGUGGAGAAAACCCACGAGUUCUUCCAGAUGUGUGACAUGGAGAACAAGGGCUUCAUCACCCGACGUGACAUGCAGAGGCUGAACACUGAGCUCCCUCUCAGUGCGGAGGAGUUGGAAAAUGUGUUUGAUACCCUUGAUUCCGACGGCAACGAAUACCUCACCCUCGAAGAGUUCUCCUCCGGCUUUAUUGAGUUUUUAUCCGGUCAGAAGAUUUCUGUAGAGGAAGGCAUGGCGGAGAAGAACCCCCGUAAAAGCCCGACAGAGGUCCUGUACCAGACCCAGUGGGAGGAGAGCCGGGCAAGAGAAGACGAGGAUGAGGAGGAGAAACACUUUUGCAUGCUCAUGGAAAACCUCGGAGCCAACAGUGUCUUUGAAGAUGCUGCUGAGGUGCGCAGUUUGUGGGCCCAGGUGCGGCGAGACGAGCCUCACCUUUUAUCCAAUUUUGAGGACUUCCUGGCCAGAGUGACUUCUCAGAUCAUAGAGGCCAACCAGGAGAAGAGGGCGAUGGAGAGCGCUCUCGAAAGGAAAGCAGCAACACACGAUGAUGAGAUCCAGCGCCUUUAUGUGGAAAUGGAGCAGCAAAUAAAAACUGAAAAAGACAGGAUUGUGCUGCAGGACUACGCGCGCUUUCUGUCUCGCAGUCAAGACCUGGAGCUGCAGCUGUCCACUAAGGAGAAAGAGCUGGAUCAGCUCUUUCAGAAGCAGAGAAGGUUGGAGCAUCAGUGCCAGGAGCUUCAAAGUGAACAACAUGUAGCCAAGGUGGAGAACGUGAAGCUGAAGCACACGAAUGAGGAGUUGGCGCGGGAGCUGGACCACACCAGCCAGGAGCUGGCCUUGGCCCAGGACCAGCUGAGUCUGCUGCAGGAGCAGGCCACACAGCUUCACGAGGAGAAGGAGAUUGAAAUAUACAGACUGACCGAGGGACUGCAGCGAGAGCGAGCCAGCCUCCUCAAACAACUGGACCUUCUGAGGGAAAUGAACAAGCACUUACGAGAUGAAAAGGACAUAUUCAAUCAGAAUCCAAAGAAUUCUAAGACAACCCCACGUUUAAAGCAGAGGCCUUUGGUCAAUGUUGUGAAACGCGCCAACCCAAAUGUCUUCAGAAGUGAGGAUGAGGAGGAGCUGACCCCCAGCUCUGUGAGACACAACCUAGCCAAUGGCUCCGCCCAGCCCUUCAGCCUGGCGGAAACCAGAGGGCACCUCCAGAGGAUCAUCUCCAUUGAGGAGGACCACCUCCCACACUUGCUCCAGAACGACUGCCAGUCCCAAAGCCCACUGCAGGAGUGUAGUGAAGGAGAGGAUUCCUCAGACAAUGAGGAGGAUAUAGACUUGGUGAUGAGCGAUAUUUGCCUGUGUGAGUCUUCUGCCCAGCAGCAGAAGUCAAAGGGAGUUGUGGAGAAAAGGGAAACCCCCACAUCUCCGAGGGUUCAGCCUGUUGGCAAGGAGACCAGCAUACAUGAGGAAGGUGGUCCGUCGCCGCCAGACCGCCUCUUCAAGAUCGUCCUGGUGGGGAACUCCAGCGUAGGAAAGACCUCCCUCCUUAAGCGAUUUUGUGACGACAGCUUCCAUUCUGGCACUUCUGCCACUGUGGGUAUAGAUUACAGUGUAAAGACGAUAGCUGUGGACAACAGCCAGGUGGCACUGCAAUUGUGGGAUACAGCAGGACAGGAGAGAUAUCGGAGCAUCACCAAGCAAUUCUUUCGCAAGGCUGACGGCGUGGCCGUGAUGUAUGACAUCACAGCCGAGCAGAGCUUCACUGCUGUCAGACAGUGGCUGACAAGUGUAAAGGAGGGAGCAGGCGAGGACAUCCCCAUCAUGCUCUUGGGAAACAAAACGGACAAGGAGAUGGAGAGACAAGUUCAGAAAGAAGUGGGCGAAAGACUAGCCAAGGACUGCCAAAUGAUUUUCUAUGAGUGCAGCGCAUGCUCCGGACACAACGUGGUGGAGUCCAUGAUUCAUUUAGCCAGAAUUCUGAAAGAGCAGGAGGACAGAGAGAAGGAGAAGACGGUGCAGCUGUUUAGCAGCCCCUCGGAGAAGAAGAGAUCCUGCUGCUAACCGUUGUAACACCGCUCACACACACACACACACACCGUAGCACUACCCUUCACUAAGAUACACAGUGUGAUAGUGUGACCACGUGUGCCACUAAGGACACAUUAUUCUGAAUGUCAGCACAACUGUUUCUCACACGGUCUUCCUCUUUGUGGCACUCUGGGUAAACCCACCACCUGGAUGGAUGGACUGUACAUGAUUGCACUAUUAUAAACUGUCUUCUCUACGUUUACCCAAGUAGUUUGAAAAUAACCUCAAAUUGUGGAGAUAUAGUGAAAUAAUAAUAAUAAUAUGAAGGAGAGUGUAAGAAAAGUUUGAGGAAUAAUAGAUACAACUGAACAAAUGUUAAAUUGAACUAAGUCCCUUCUGAGUCAAACUAAACCGUUUUCAUGUUUUAAAUGUACGAUGUUCCUCAAAGUCUUGACCGUGACUCCUUAAAUAUUUAUUUAACUUCCAAAAACCCUUUAUAUGUCACAUGUGGGCUUUAACUCUAUAUAUUAAUAUAUUCAUUCAGUGUUAUGAGUUUUUUUUUUUUUUUUUUAAGCUGCUUCCUGCUUCUUCACCUUUUUGGUACGUGGAUGCAGUAACAACCGGCUGUAAAAUGUGUUCAGUUGGUGUUGCGACUGGGAAGUUUGGAUUGAACUAUUAGAUUAGUUCCGUGGCGUUGCAGUGUAUUGCACCGGUGUCUUUAGUUUCUUCACCUUGUGGAUGAACUAAAAGCGAAAGUACUGCCACGCAACACAGCAAAGCACAGAAGUCAUGUGCUUCUGUGUUUGUCCGCUGAAUAAAGAAAAAAUUAUCAUGUAGUUAAAAUAAUAAGCUUAAAAUGUGAAGUUUGUUGCAGGGCUGUCAUAUAUAAUAGUAUUUUAUUUUACAGGCGUGGGUGUUUUUUUUGUUUGUUUUUUUUGUCAUCUGUACAUUAAUAUUUAUUUGUAAUUCUGUUUUUUUUUGUAACAGUACUGAAGGUUGUUAGGAUACCUGAGCCCUCCCCCUACAGACCAAAUUAAGUUUAGUGCAGACAUUUUUAUUUCAUAUAACCUUAAUCUGCCUCAUUGCCAAGUAUUUUAUGAAAAUUGUUGUCGCUAUGUGUAAUCUGUACGUUACAGGAAGGUUCAAAUUUGAAAGGUUUUGGUGAAAAGUUCCAAUUUUUACUGUUUGAUAUUGCACUAUGGUCACUAAUAGUGCUCCACUACUGCCAGUGUCUUGCACAUUGCUUUAAUCUACAUAUAAACAUGUAAAUUCAUAAAAUAAAUAAAGAUUUGUUUAAUGUUUA